GUAGCAAUGCUGACAGUGGACUGGCUCCAGUCCACAUAUGACGAAAGCUGCUUAUCCUCUUGGUUGCCAUGGAGUUAAAUUCGAGCAGCACUGAGGCUGCAAGUGGGGAAAACGAGCAUCAGGCAGCUGCAUCGGUCUACAGGAAAAAAAAAGACAAGAACAAGAUCGUGGCAGUCAUGGACUUGCAUUGUGAAUGUAAUGAAAUUUCGGCUUCUGAACAGCAGUCUGGCAAGAUAAGUAGGACGGCGUUUAAAUUGUUUGGGAGAAGGAAAUCAGGGGGCACAAUGCCUAAUAUUUUCAGUCUGAAAAACAAAGGGGAUGGGAAAAGCUCUGUGAAAAUGGGGCUUGUCCGGAGCAAAACGCACGAUGGAAUUGCUGAUAUGGGAUUGGAAGUGAACAAGAAGGAAGACUCUCUCAGCAACUAUCAAUUGGACAGUGAAUCCAGCACAAAAAUAGUCAGUGGUAUGAGCUUUGCCGCUGCUGGUUGUGGACCCAUUGCCAAGUCUCACAGUUUCUUUUCGUCGCUGAGAAGGAAUAGUAAAUUAGAAAAUUGCAAGGGGGAGUCAGUGUGUUCAAACUCUGACCAGAUGAAAGAGAGGAGUUGCAGCAGACAAAAGAAAGGACUGAAAGGAUUGUUCAGCAGCAUGAGAUGGCACAGAAAGGACAAAAUCAGUCGAGAGGAAAAGGCUGGGCAGCAGGAUAUAGCUGACUUUUUAACAUUGCCCGGGUCUCUGACCGCAAGCUUGGAAUGUGUUAAAGAAGAGCCACAAAAAUCUAUCCCAGAAUCUGAAAGUACUGGAAUGGACGUUAAGCUCCCCUGUGAAAUACAGAGUGAUAAUGAGAGCGUUUUCACUGAGGAUGUUGAACAAGCAGAUAGUAGGACAUCUCUUCCCGAAUUACAUCAGUAUGUGGAGAAUGUUACCAUCGAUAGCCAUUCAAUGGACCAUCCUUCCAAUGACAAAGUGUUGGAACAGUUGGAGGACAAGCGGGAUGAAAAUACACUUGGUGCGAGGCAGGACGUACAAGAAGAAGGUGCUUCUGAGACCGGUUCUGCUUCUUGCCACCUUGCUGAAAGUGCAAGCGCUGGCCCAACCAAUAAUGAUCCGCCCGCAGAACAAUCAAUUGAUCGGAUUUGCAUUAUGUUUUCAGACGUCACGUCCUUGAAGAGCUUCGACUCACUCACGGGAUGCGGGGAUAUUAUCGUUGACCAGGAGGAGGACGGAAACGCAUGUGAGAGUGGAGCUGCAGCAGAGAAGGGCAAGGAUGGUGGAAGGAAAAGCGCAAUUGUACUGAGCUACCAAGGAGGAGGGGAGGAAAUGGCGAGUCCUGACGAAGUUGAUGAUGAAUACCUGCAGGAAUUCUGGGACCCGCCGCCGCCAGUGACCGAGGCUGGACCGGUCGCAAGUGACCAAACACAAUUGUUUGCUUCAGGUACUGCAACCUGCCUUAAUGAGGCAGGAGACAGUACGUUACUGAAACAGCUUCAUCUGAAUGACAUUUCGAUAAGUAAGAAUGAUGAUGAAAAUCCAAUCAGUGCAAAAUGCGACCAACCAGAAAGCGUUCCAAAUAGCGAUGAAGGAUACUGGGACUCCACAACCCCUGGGCAUGAAGAUGAAAGUGGGAAAACUCUUGCUACCAGGGCAAGCAUUCCAAGAGACAGUUACAGUGGAGAUGGCCUGCAUGAUCUACUUACGGAUCCAGAAGAAAGCCUCACAAGUAUUGUCUCAGAUGAAGAAAUAUGUUCAGUUGCAGAACCUAAAACACUGUCUCCAAAAGCUGUAUCUAGCAUUACAACAAUCUCCAAGGAUAGGAAUAUAUCUGCCAUCCCCAGGCACAAGACCACUAUUACUGCACGUCAAGGGGACGCGAACCACAUUCAUUGGCCUCAAACGGUUCAACAGUUACUCGGAUGUGAGCCAGUGAGAACCAAAAUCCCAAUCGCAAAGACCUCAAUUCCCAGACCCAACCACAAAGUCAUCACUGGGUCAACUGCAAAAGUCUCAACUAACAAGGGAGGCACGAAGAAAUAGCCUUAGAAAGACCUCUGUGUCAAAAUUAAUAUCAGCAUGUUAUGUCAGUCCAGAAGUAAGCACAGUUGGUCGAAAUUCUGCUUGCAUCCUUAAUAUUCAUAUCGUGCAACAGGACUUUGCCAUUUGCCAAGAGCAAUCUCCUAUCUUGUGACAGAAUCGUGCCUAGAAAAAGAAAAUUAUUCCAAGCUUUAUGAAGCACAGAUGCAACACAUCAUUUUUAUUGCUCCCGCAAUCAGGAAAGGGGAAAAAAAAUGACUGACCUAAAUUUAAACAGAUACGAACAGAGAAAGAUGCUUGUGAAAUAUAUUUGUGAAAUCGUGGCCAAAAGUAUUUACAGAAUCAUAUUUUCUUUCAUGAGCACUGGGGUCUGUGUUGCAACUUUCUUUCCUGUACUGGAAUGUAAAGACAAUAUUUUUCAAAUAUUGGCCAUUAACUGCUAUUUUUACCGUCUAUACAGUAAUUGGUACAAAAGAUAUCUAUUGUGGGACCAGAUUCGAUGCAAAUAUUGGAUGCUUGUGAUCUGCAGCCAGAGAAGGAAGCAACGGAUAUGUAAGAUGGUUACAUAAGUGAAAUCAGGGAACGAUGACAUAAUCAGGACCAGCUUGUGUUUUCAUCACAAUGAAGUCAUUCCAAAUGAUUCUGCAAAAAGAUCCCUUUAAAAAUAUUUUCUGUAAGGUGAUGGGAGGGAAGGUAUUUCAUUGUUUUCAUGAUGUGUCUUUCGAGUUUAUAAUCUAACAAUUUUUUGGAAUAAGUUAUUUUCUGCAUGUGAAUGAGUACAACAUUUAGAAAGUAGAGUUAAAAUAGCAAAAUACAGCACAGUGAAUUAUUUCACAAUAACAGGAGAUAUGUUUUAAAAUAUCUUAUAAACCUUUUUGUACAGCCACUGCUUUAAAUCCACAUAGAGAGUGACAGUCACAUGAUCUACAAUUUUUAUAUUUAAAUACUUUGGCGUGGCCUUUAUUCGUAACAAAGUGAUUGUGCCAGAGAAUAGUCUACUUAAAAACAGUGGAUAAAAUUGGAUAAUGUGUCGUACAAUUUUGUACUAUUGCCCCAAGAGAAACUAGUCAAAGGUUCUUACAAUUCUUUGCAGGCAAUAUACUUCACAAUUGUUUUACCAAUAUUUAUUCAGUAUGACAUUUAUUCAACUGAUAAGCAGAUCAAAUAAGAAUUGGGAAUAAUCCCCAGUAGUGCUGGAAGUGUGUGGUUUGAGACUCGCCUGAUAUCGAGCCCCACGUCUCAGCCACGUACUGUUAACACUGCAGAUACUCACUGGGCAUCUGGGAAGCUCACUAAUGGAGAGGAUUUUAAUUCUGAAAAUGCAACACUGGCAGAGAUCAUCAGUGUAUUCUAGGAGGGAAAGCAAUUAAUUCAGAAAGGGAGGCAAUCCAGGAAUGGAGAGUGGGAGUGUGGCAAUCAAGAGGGAGUGGGGCGAUCGAGAGAGGGAGUGUGGAAUGGAGAGAGGGAGUGAGGAAUGGAGAGUGGAAGUGGGGAAUGAAGUGAGGUUAUGAAAUUGAGGGCAUGGUAACUGAGAGAUGGAAGCAGUGGAGAGAGAAUCUGUUAGUGAAACUGUCGUUUGAAGUUUCGUAAUCAAAACUUGUUCUUAAGUCAUAUUGGAUGCACCUCAAAAUUGGACACAGUGUCUUUGAAAUUCUUGGCCACAUUAUUUAGAAAAUGUACACUUGUACACUAAAAAGUAGGAGAGAAAAAUAUUCCAAAUAUAGCAGGAAAAUAUAUUUUGAAGCAGAUUAGAAAAAUAAUGGUUAAAGGUACAGAGUGAGAAAGAAAUACUGCCAUAAAUGGAAUAGAAGCAUAUUGCUGAUUAUUUUGAAAUAAAUUAAGAUUAAUGUAUUAAAGAUAAAUGACAAUCUUUCCUACUCAGUUUUUGUUCAGAAUUGUAAUUUACCUCAGUAUUGAGGUGUCUAAAAUUGGAAAAUAAGUUGUCUACUAUUUAAAAUAACCAUCUAUUUAGAAGGGCAUCAUAUACAGCUCUGUAUUUAAAAAAAAUAUGUAAUGUUCAAUUUUUUUAAAUAUUUGCUGUAAAAUCUUACUGGCUUCUUUAUGAAAAAUAAUGGAAAUAAGGUGAGCAGCAUAUAAGAGUUGGCAACUUGUGAACAAGACAUGGAGAGGCAAGGUAUCGAUCUCCAGUCGAUUUCACAGUUUGAGAAUAGUGUGUGUGCCAAUCCAUAAAAAUAUAUCAUAUAUAUCCAAAUAUCUUAGAGUGCAGAGAAGAUUUACGAGGAUGUUGCCAGGACUUGAGGGCCUGAGCUGUAGGGAGAGGUUCAGCAGGCUAGGACUCUAUUCCUU